AUGUCGGGCAGUAAGUCGCUGGGCGGGGGGGCCGGCGGGGGGGCGCGGCGACGGCGGACGCGGUGCCGGCGCUGCCAGGCCUGCACCAGGACCGAGUGUGGGGAGUGUCACUUCUGUAAGGACAUGAAGAAAUUUGGAGGACCCGGACGCAUGAAGCAGUCCUGCCUGUUGAGACAGUGCACCGCGCCGGUGCUGCCUCACACGGCGGUGUGUUUUGCGUGUGGAGAGGCGGGUAAGGAGGACACGGUGGAGUCGGAGGAGGAGAAGUUCAGCCUCUCUCUGAUGGAGUGCACCAUCUGCAACGAGAUCAUCCACCCCAGCUGCCUCAAGAUGGGUAAGGCUGAAGGAAUCAUCAACGAUGAGAUCCCAAACUGCUGGGAGUGUCCAAAGUGCCACAAGGAGGGUAAAACCAGUAAGGAUCAGGCGGACGGCUCGGGGAAGCGCCGGCUGGAUAACGGAGAGGUCGGCCGCUGGAAGCUCACAGACGACCCCCCCCCCAAAAAGAAAGCCCCUCCCUCCCUGGAGGAGGGGGGGAGACAAGAGGGGGGACACAAGAGGAAGAAGGAGAAGGAGUUGCCGCAGGACAGCGGGCCCAAAAAGAAGAUGAAGGGGGGCCAUGAGAGGCGUCUGAAGAAGAAACCCAAGCAGGAGGCGUUGGAGUCCAAUGGGCCCCCCCCUUCAGCUGCAGGAUCAGCAGGAGGUCUGCAGGGAUCCUCCUCUUCUUCUCAGCCUGGGGGAGGAGGAGGGGGGACGUCCAGCGCGGACCAGCGCUCCCACCACAGGGAGAAGCUGGAGCGCUUCAAGAGGAUGUGUCUGCUGGAGCGCCGGCCUGAGUCCUCCUCCUCCUCCUCCUCCAGCUCCGAGUCUGACUCCGAGUCCGAGUCCGACGACUCCCUAAGGGGGGAGCAGGGGGGAGGAGGCUCCUCGCCCUCCUCCUCUUCCCCUGCCCCGCCCCCUCCCGUCGUCUACGGUAACAGCAGCGGGGGGAGAUUGGAGCGGGAGAGGAGGGAGAGAGAGAGGGAGCGAGAGAGGGAGCGGCGGCUGGCUGAGCUCGGCUUCAGCGCCAGUGAGGAGUCUGAAGGGGAGGGGGGAAGGGGGGAGGAAGAGGUGAAGGAGGAGGAGCAGCAGGGAGGGGGGGAGAAGGCUCGACGGAGAGGGGAGGCGGGGCUUCCUCAGAGAGGACGGAAAGGGGGAGUCGAGGACGAGGAGGACACACCCCCCUCUGACAGGACCAGGAAAAACUCCUCCUCCCUCCCCCCGCCCUCACCCCUGUCUUCCAAUCAGAUGCCUCCCCAGCACGACGGGAAGCAGCGCAGCAACGGGCAGGAGGCCCGGAACGGCCGGACACGAGGGGGGGCGGGGAGGGAGGGCGGGGAGAAAGAGAACGCCAGUGGAGUUCUGACCAAUCACAGACACGGUGGGGGAGGAGGGGGCGGGACCAAGGGCAGCCGCGGCAACAAGAUCCGUAGCAACAGCAAGACGUCCAGGAACAUCUCCUCCCUCCCCACCUCUAAUGGGGGGGGGGGAGGGGGAGGCGGCCUCAUGAUGUCGGCCAUGGCGGCCUCCCCCUGCUCCUCCCGCCUCGCGUCCCGCUCUCAGAUGAUGAAGCGCAGCCCGCCUGCCGUGCCCUCACCCCCCCGCCCCGUACAGAUGGAGAGGCACCUGGUCCGCCCCCCCCCUGCCUGCCCCGAGCCCAGCUGCCUCCCCCUGGACUCCGGCUCCUCCCACAUCAUGACCAGAGACGUCUGGUUGAGCGUCUUCACCCACCUGAGCCAGAGGGAGCUGUGCGUCUGCAUGAGGGUGUGUCGCACCUGGAGCCGCUGGUGUUGUGAUAAAAGGCUGUGGACGCAGAUUGAUCUGAGCCGGCAGCGCUCCAUCACCCCCCCCAUGCUGAGUGGUAUCAUCCGCCGGCAGCCUGUCUCCCUCAACCUGGGCUAUACCAACAUCUCCAAGAAACAGCUGAUGUGGCUCAUCAACCGCCUGCCAGGUCUCCUGGAGCUGAAUGUGAGUGGGUGUCCCUGGUCGGCGGUGUCCGCUCUGUGUCAAGCAAUCUGUCCCUGUCUGAAGCUGCUGGACCUCAGCAGGGUGGAGGACCUCAAAGACUCUCACCUGAGGGAGCUGCUGGCCCCGCCCCCUGACACCAGGACAGCUCACGGUGAGACCAGAGUGGGGCGGUUCCAGAAUGUGACGGAGCUGCGAUUGGCCGGUCUGGAUCUGACGGACACAUCCUGCCGGCUGCUGGUCCGCUACGUGCCUCACCUGAGCCGGUUGGACCUGAGUCAGUGCGGGAACAUCUCGGACCAGGCGCUGCACACCCUCACCUCCUCCGCCUCCCCCCUGAGGGAGAGCCUCACCCACAUCAGCCUGGCAGGCUGUGGGAAGGUGACAGAGCAGCUCCUCCCUCUGCUGCGCCGCUGUUCCUCCCUUCAGACGGCCAACCUCCGCUCCUGCUCGCUCCUCCCCCCCGAGACCGGACAGCUGCUCUGCUUCCCCCCCCACGCCUCCUCUUCCUCGUCCUCCUCUUCCUCCUCCUCUUCCUCCUCUGCCACCACCACGGCUGCUGCUUCAUCCUCUUCCUCUUCCUCCUCUUCCUCCUCUUCCUCCUGUCCUCCUGAAGACAGAACGCUGCUGAAGAAUAGCUAAACCCCCCCCUCCCUUCACACCUGGUUACACUACACACAGGUGAGGAAGAGGAGGCAACAUUUCUGCGAGGAGGAGGCUUCAAACAGAAAACCCUGAGCAUGUACAUAUUUGUUCUCUGUAUAAUUUUGGGUGUGUGUAUAUAUCUGUAGUUUACUGUAAAUUACCCUUUACCUUUGAGACCCCCCCCUACACUCCUUCCUCUCUUUCCGUCCUCCAUCCUCAUGCCUCCUACUCUUCAGUAGCUGAAGGGAGACGUGAAAAUCUAAAGUCAAUCAUCUGUUUGUGUGAUGUCACAGGAGACACCCCCCACCCUGAACACACACACACACACACACACACACACACACAGGAAGUCCUUACAUUUAGUCAGUGGGAACUUUAAAUCAGUCUGACUUUCUCUCCUGCCCCUGAAUGCCUCAUUCCUCUAUGGUAAGCUAACAGAAGGGAAGGCUAACAGUUUCCCUCCUCUGCCAGUGUUUGUGCUAAGCUAGGCUAGGAGCUAAUCCACAGCUGUUCUGAUCGUCAUGUGGUUUUCAACAUGUGACCUGUCAGAUUUAGAGAGGGAUGCUGGUUCUACAAAACAAGACAAGCGGAGAGUGUGUUUGUCUCUCAGUGUUUCAUAUUAAAUCUCUGUCCACACGUCAGCGUGGACGCACGUGAGCACACGUUGGCAUGGAGAAUAAUCUGAGGCUGAGUCAGAGACCUCCAUGUGUCUCUGCAGAAGGAACACACACAACCUCACCCCAACUGACUGUAUAUCAAUAAUGUUUAUUUUAAACUGCAUCUUAGGGGUGCGGGGGGGACUGCAAAUUACACAAACUAAGAUCAUAUCUGAAAUCUGUUUCUCCCUGGAUUCAGUAUUUAUUCUGAAACACAGAAAACAAAAUGUCUUGUUCUGUCCAACCAACAAACACUGUGUGUGUGUGUGUGUGUGUGUGUGUGUGUGUGUGUGUGUGUGUGUGUGUGUGUGUGUGUGUGUGUGUGUGUGUGUGUGUGUGUGUGUGUGUGUGUGUGUGUGUGUGUGUGUGUGUGUGUGUGUGUGUGUGUGUGUGUGUGUGUGUGUGUGUGUGUGUGUGUGUGUGUGUGUGUGUGUGUGUGUGUGUGUGUGUGUGUGUGUACACACACACUUUAUCUCAAUCAGCCACAGUUCUGCCUAGUGGGCCGCACUGGUUCUGUCAAAAAAAGAGCGUAAUAUAAAUAUCAAUUCUGGUCGUUUACAAAACUUUUUUUCAUUUUUACAACCCUGUUAAUUUUUUUCUAAUUGAUUUAGAAUUGAAAGAGGGGGGCAGUAGUUCAUGUGUUGGUCCCUGAAGGAAUCAUUUCCCUGGUCCAAUGAGAUUCCUCUCUUUUAUCCACCAGUGGGGAAUUAACCACAGACCUUAUUCCAGGAUAAUCAAAAACACACCCAAAAACCAUUGACCUCCAGACCAGGGGACAGGUGAGGAAGUGCUGACUCAUGUCAGGGUUUAGGACUCAUUCCUAUAAUUUUUUUUAAUUUAAAAACGCGCCUUAAUUCACAAAUCUAUCAUGAAACCGUAAAGGAUGUGAGCUUCAUCACAGCAUGAAUCAGACGGAUGCACCCAGGCUAGCAGUUUCCCUCCGCUCCCAGUGUUUGUGCUAAGCUAGGCUAACCUGAAGCAUAGCAACUGUUCCUUUAAACGUGUCACAGCCCAGACAUUGCAGGUGUGUGUCAGUACUCCCUCUUGUGCUCCUACUCUCCUAUUAUUGAUUGUUUUCUCAGGAGUUCUUCUUUCUGUUUGUUUGUAUUUAUUUUGUGCCACGCUCCCUCCGGUCCAAACACACAUUCCUGCUCGUGGUGUUUUAAUAUUUCAUGUUUCCUGUCCAUCUUAUGAAUGGAUGAAUGUGAUUUGUGUUCAGAUUUAACUGAUGAAUUUCAGUCUGUCUUCUACAGGAGGCCCGUCCGGCCACAGCAAGGGGCAGAGCAGUGAAAUACUCAAGACAUUAAGACUACAUCACAUCAGUAUUGAAGAAACCUGAUCAGAUAUUAUCAUCCUGGACCAUUUCUUUAAAAUUGUCACAAUCUAUGGUUCUACUUCCCAUCUCAGUACCUGAUCAACCAGAAUUUUUGACGAGUAUUUAACUGUUCCUGACUUCCUGUUCCUGUGUGUAGUUCCUGGCUGGACGGCUCCUGUAGUUUUCUCAGGGGCCUCACUUAUGAACAAACUGACCGUUGUUUAAAGCUUAUGAAAGAAAUCAAUGCAAGCUGCUGAUCUGUCGUCCAGCUUCAUAAAUGACGCCCUGAGGUUUGAGACAUGGGGGGAGACGAACAACUGAUGUUGUCACUGUUUAUUUACUUUGAACUGGCUGUCUUAUUGAGGCAGUGGCACUGAGGGGGGAGGGGGGGCUUUACGUCAUAUCAGAUGUACACGACAAAUCAAACGACCCUCAUGGACUACAGCUAUUUUAACAUAAUAUACGUUCUGUUUGGGAGAGCUCAGCAGAUGGGCCGCCUUGUACCUGCUAGCAUGUUGUUAGUGUGUUAGCUUCGGUUAUGGUUGCCUUACCUCUGCUGCACUGCUAUCUCUGGAGAACAAAAACACAGCCCUUUCCACCGGUUAGCGUAAAGUAGCUAGCGAGCUGAUAGAGAUUCCAGUGACUCAGAUCUAUCUGAAUACCUUUAAUUUUAGUGUGGUAACUUAUUCUACAGCUACACGCUAUAUAGCUCAUUGGUAAGCGAAUGGCUAAUACUGGCUUGCUACUUGUUAGCUUCAUGGCACCAUGUUAGCAUCACAGUUGCCCUUAGCUAAACAAAUAGCGUUUAAAUGUCAGGAAAAACAGCGGGAAAACCCUUUGUUAGCUUUGUAGCUCAUUAGCUAGCUCACUCUGGUUGUUACGAAACAAGCUGUGGAUUCAAAAUAAAGAUUAGUAUUAUAAGACUUUGGUCAACAGAUUGAACAACAACUCUGAAUAACAACUGAAUAGUUUCCUUAAAUGGAAAUGGACAAUAUGAUUCGAAGGUGUAUCAGUGCUGUAGAGGUAAUAGCUACUUCAGCUAGCUUAGCUGUAGUCCAUUACAAUUAAAAAGUAUUACUAGUUAAAUUUUGCCAUAAAAGCCGUGCUGUGCCAUAAACACUCCAAAUCAAUGUUCCACUGUUCAGAGGUCAGUUUUUAUAUUUUAUUUUUUGUAUUCAGUUGUGAUUUAGUUGUUUUUUUACUGUUACGUGGGGAUCAAUGACGCAUAUCCCAGCUUAAAGCUUCACCUAGCAACAAGCGAGGAGAUCAAAUCUGAUUGGAGGAAAAAUCCCUGACUCAUCAAAGCUCUUAUCCAAUCAGACGCGUGGACAUAUCUUGGCUUCUUUCUUAGUAAAUCUUCAUGGAUGUUUAAAAGAUGCACUGGAUCUUCAUCCUCAUCAUCUUCCUCACCUUUUUGCCAAAUGUAGUUUUGUUGUGGGAGGGGCAUUUUAUCCUGUUUCUGUUUUAUACUUUGUCCAUGACUCUUCCGUUGUGUUGAUUAAACAAUGAGGAAGAAAAACAGAGCAAAAGAGCAACUCAAGGCAGCUACGAGAGACUACUGUAACAUGACUAAUAAAGAAGCAAUGGGUUCCUUUGUAAACUA